AUGCACCUUCACCCUCCAGCUAACCGGACUUCGACCCCUCUUUCCAAAUCGAAGCAACGCAAAGAUGCUGGACACUUUCUCUCCACAUCCAUCCGACUGACUAAGCAAUUACCCUUAGGAAGCCGCACUCCCGUUCCAAGCCAUUAUGUUAAUGUCACCCUAGUUGGAGAGCUGGCAAAUUUAAAGACAUCAGUUUUGCGCCACUUUUUUGAUAUUCUAGAGCCCCAGCAUCAGCGAUGCUCCAAGGAAAGGCAAUCUCAACAGUUUAACCAGGAUUUGCUUCAGAUAAUGCACUCAAUGGGCAAUAAAUCGGUAGCGUAUCCAUGCGACAAGAUCUUCGCGCUCCUAGGCUUAACGGGCGAGAAUGAUAUGUCUGAAUGGAAGGAAGGAUGGAAGUCAUGGUGCAAUAUUGAUCUCGACUAUUCGAAAACUGUGAUCAACAACGCAAGGACUAGGAUAGUGGAUUACAGAAGAGGCGAUAUUUUUAUUGGUAUCCGUGAAACAUGUGUCGGUCCAUAUGCUAAAUAG